GCCCAGGGAGUGGGUUCCGUUGGCAGGGAUUAUUUUAAACUGCUACCAUCAAUUCACACGACAUCCGACACCGGCAGCCAGCCCGCGCGGUGCCCGCCAGAGACGAAACAGAUUAUGUCUACUUUGAGAACUCCUCCAGUAACCCGUACCUAAUCAGAAGGAUAGAAGAACUCAACAAGACUGCAACUGGCAACGUGGAAGCAAAAGUAGUGUGCUUUUAUAGACGACGAGAUAUUUCCAACACGCUUAUAAUGCUUGCAGACAAGCAUGCUAAAGAAAUUGAGGAAGAAUCGGAAACAACAAUUGAGGCAGACUUGACUGAUAAACAGAAGCAUCAGCUGAAACAUAGGGAGCUCUUUUUGUCGCGCCAGUAUGAAUCUCUACCUGCAACUCAUAUCAGGGGAAAAUGCAGUGUUGCCCUUCUGAAUGAGACAGAGUCAGUAUUGUCAUAUCUUGAUAAAGAGGACACCUUUUUCUACUCAUUGGUCUAUGACCCUUCAGUGAAAACACUGUUAGCUGACAAAGGUGAAAUCAGAGUGGGGCCUAGAUAUCAAGCAGACAUUCCAGAGAUGCUCUUAGAAGGAGAAUCAGAUGAGAGGGAACAGUCCAAAUUGGAAGUUAAAGUUUGGGAUCCAAAUAGCCCACUUACAGAUCGACAGAUUGACCAGUUUUUAGUUGUAGCACGUGCUGUGGGGACAUUCGCUCGAGCCCUUGAUUGCAGCAGUUCGGUGAGGCAGCCGAGUCUGCAUAUGAGCGCAGCUGCAGCGUCUCGGGAUAUCACCCUGUUUCAUGCUAUGGAUACGUUGUAUCGGCACAGCUAUGAUUUGAGCAGCGCGAUUAGUGUCUUAGUACCACUUGGAGGACCUGUUUUAUGCAGAGAUGAAAUGGAAGAGUGGUCAGCCUCCGAAGCUAGUUUAUUUGAAGAGGCACUGGAAAAAUACGGCAAAGACUUCAAUGACAUACGUCAAGACUUCCUCCCUUGGAAAUCAUUGACUAGCAUCAUUGAAUAUUAUUACAUGUGGAAAACUACUGACAGAUACGUGCAGCAGAAACGUCUAAAAGCAGCAGAAGCCGAGAGUAAACUGAAACAAGUGUAUAUCCCAACUUACAAACCAAAUCCCAACCAAAUAUCUGCCAGCAAUGGCAAACCUGGUGCUGUGAAUGGAGCCGUGGGGACCACAUUCCAGCCACAGAAUCCCCUUGUAGGGCGAGCCUGUGAGAGCUGCUAUGCUACACAAUCUCAUCAGUGGUAUUCUUGGGGCCCACCUAAUAUGCAGUGUAGAUUGUGUGCAACCUGUUGGCUCUAUUGGAAAAAAUAUGGAGGCCUGAAAAUGCCCACCCAAUCGGAGGAAGAGAAGUUAUCUCCCAGCCCAACUACAGAGGACCCCCGUGUUAGGAGUCACAUGUCUCGCCAGGCCAUGCAGGGGAUGCCAGUCCGAAACACGGGGAGCCCAAAGUCUGCAGUGAAGACCCGCCAAGCUUUCUUCCUUCACACUACAUAUUUCACAAAAUUUGCUCGUCAGGUCUGCAAAAAUACCCUCCGGCUGCGGCAGGCAGCAAGACGGCCGUUUGUUCCUAUUAAUUAUGCUGCCAUUAGGGCAGAAUAUGCAGACAGACAUGCCGAGCUAUCUGGAAGUCCACUGAAAAGCAAAAGCACUAGAAAACCUUUGGCAUGUAUCAUUGGGUAUUUAGAGAUCCAUCCUUCGAAGAAACCUAAUGUAAUCCGAUCUACACCAAGCCUGCAAACCCCCACUACCAAGCGGAUGCUAACCACGCCGAAUCACACGUCUCUGAGCAUUUUGGGGAAAAGAAACUACAGUCAUCACAAUGGCCUGGAUGGCUCAUGAAGUGAAGGCCCAGCUCUGUUCCA